GCAGUGAGUUCCCCCCCCCGGUCCUAUAGCUCUGUGGGUGUGUGUGGGGGGGGCACUAGGGCGGUGAGUUGCCCCCCUCCCAGUUCUACAGCUCUGUGGGUGUGGGGGGGGCGGGCUCUAAGGCAGUGAGUUGCCCCCCCCGGUCCUAUAGCUCUGUGGGUGUGUGUGGGGGGGCACUAGGGAGGUGAGUUGUCCCCCUCCCGGUCCUACAGCUCUGUGGGUGUGGGGGGGGCUCUAGGGCAGUGAGUUGCCCCCCCCGGUCCUAUAGCUCUGAGUGUGUGUGUGUGGGGGGCUCUAGGGCAGUGAAUUGCCCCCCUGGGCCUACAACUGUGUGGGGGGGGGUGGCUCUAGGGCAGUGAGUGCCCCCCCAUCCCAUUGUCCCAGAGCUGUGGGGGGUGGGUCUCAGACAGUGAGUCAACCUCCCUGUAUAACUUAGUCUCCUGCUGGAAGACUGGUGGAUCGAGCAGCAAGUUGGUCCCCUGUCAAGGUGUUUGACUGCUAACAUAUGAGAUUCCAGUGCAGAAAGAGUAGUGGAUUUGAUUAUAGAGAACCCAAGAUUGGAGGAAAGAUGGAGAAAAAGUCCAAGGGCAGUUUAAGAUUUUUCAAGAGAGAUGCAGCCCAGAAAUUGCAUACUCCCAAAGUCCAUACAUUUGGACGAUCUGUUACACCCCAGCCUGGUGGGAAUCAGUGUUGGAAUGGGAGUCAUCAGGUUCCGUAUCGGGUCACAUACACCUGGAACCGAGGUGGGAGGUUAAAAGAACUCCGUAUCAGGCAUCUGGCCAGGAAGUUCCUCUAUUUGUGGGUGAAAAAGACAUUUGGACAAGUUCUUUCUUCCAAAGCCAGAUGUCAUUAUGAUCGGAAGAUUCUGCAAAAAACCUUUGGCGAGUGGAAGGAGGAAUGGUGGAUUGUUUGCAGAGAGUGGAAGCUCAGCAUCAGAGCUGACUGCCAUUACAGAUAUUUCCUGUACAACCUGAUAUUCCAAGCCUGGAAAACUUUUAUAUGCCAGCAGCGAGAAAAGAGGUGCAAGUAUCGUGUUGCAGAGGCUCAUGCGGAGAAGCAGAAGCUGCGCUGGACAUGGCAGCAUUGGCUGAUCUACAUUGAUGUUCGCAGGACCAAGCAUAGGAUGCGAUCCGAGGCAUUGGCGUUCAGGGAAACAAGCAUUCUGCGCGUGUCAUGGAGAGUGUGGACAAGACGACUGUGCCAGAAGUGUACUGGCCAUGAGAUGAAUACUCUGGCUCUGCAGCACUGGGCCCAGAGCCUGCAGUUUCGGGCCUGGCUACAGUGGAUGGAGCUGUAUUUGCACAUCCAGCAUGACAAACAGAGGGAGGCCUGGGCAGUGAAUCAUCAUCAGCACUGGGAGCUGAGAAGAUGCAUGAAGGCCUGGCUUGGGCAUCUGCAGCUUCAAAGAGAAAAGAAGCAUCAGGACAAAGUGGCUCAGCAACGUCACCAAGUCUGUGUUCUCCAGCAAUGUUUCUCCGGCUGGCAGCGGGCCUGGGAGCACAGGAGAAGCAUGCAAAUCCACCAGGAGUGCAUUGGUGAGCUAGCAGCAAGGGUUACCUUACGGAGAGUCUUCACACACUGGAAACAUUAUGUUGUACUGUGCAUGGAAGAGACCUGGAAGCACAAGCUUGCAGAAAAGCAUCACCGGCAUCAUCUGUUGCGCUUUGGGUUUAAUGCCUUGCGGAAGAACAUUAUAAAUGCUCGUCUCCAGCAAAUGAGAAGAAAUUUGGCUCAUCGGCAGCAUCAAGUAAUGUUGCUGCAGAGCUUCUGGAAUCGCUGGAAGUGUCGGUUAGAACAGGAGGAGGAAGAGCAUCAGCGGUCCCUGACACUAGCAGCUCGCAACCACUACAGGGUAGCGCUUCUGCACAAGUCUGUCAGGUUGUGGUUAAGGAAUGCCAAGUGGAGAAGACACAGGCAGAUUCAAUAUGCCAAAGCUGACAGUCACUAUGGAAGAGUGAUCUUGCCUGUCACCUUCCAGGCCUGGAAGAGGUUUAAGAACCAUCAACGCUGGUGGAGGGAGAUGAAGGAAACGGCAUCAUGCUUUCAGAGGGAAUUGUUGAUGAGACAGGUAUUUGACAUGUGGUGGCUGAGUGCAUGUCAGCAGCGAGAGAACCGGACGAGAGAGAGAAUGGCCAUUCUUCACUCUAAGCAGCAGGUGUUGGUUCGUUUCUGGUGCUCCUGGCGCAAGAGAACAGGGGUGUGUUUAGAGGAGCGAGAGAGCAUGGCUCUUGCCCGUGAUCAUUACUGCUACCUGCUGCUGUGGAAGACUUUCCAUCUCUGGAAGAAGAACCUUCAGGAUAUCAGAUCAGAGAGGAUCAAGGAGAUGAAAGCUAUUGGGUUUCACUAUUCAAAGUACCUGCAGUGGUCUUGGAGCAAGUGGAGAAAGUAUGUGGGACAUCGGUCUAAGAAGUGGAAGACAUUGGUGCGAGCAGACAUGUAUUAUCAGCACUCACUGCUAGCCAGGGUCUUGGCUGCCUGGAAGAGUUAUCAGCAAAACAUACAGUACAUUCUACGCCAAGUCGAUGAAAAGGAGGAGGAGCAUAAUAGGGCACUGUUGCGACAGGUGCUGAGUAUCUGGAGAGAAAAUACUGUUGCCCUUGUGGGUGAAGCUAAGAAAGCUAUCCAGGCAGAACUGCACUACAGGAGAUCAACUCUCUCAAAGGUGCUACUCCAGUGGAGGGACACUACCUGUCUGCGGGUGUACUGCCGUCAGCAGGAGGCAGCAGCUCUGAGGCAGGCCAGGAGGUGUUUGGAUAUGGUGUAUUUACGGGCCACGUUUCUUCACUGGAAGGAAUUCACCACAAGGUCCUUGGUGCUGAGAGUCCAGCUAGACACUGCAGCUCAGCACCACCAGAGGCAACUGUUGCGAGAGUGCCUGACAAAGUGGAAGCAGUACCAUCUGCAGUGCAUAGAGAAGAUGCUCCUGCAGAGACGGGGAGACCAGCUGAUGGCUCAGAGACUCUGUUUUACCUUCUUUUUUUGCUGGAAGAGACAGCUGGCGCAGAAGCAAUGGGAAUGGCAGGAGACAGUGCGGGCACUAUGGCAUUGGUCAGUUUCGCUGCAGGGGAAGGUGUUUGAUGCCUGGCUGGGGUUUGCCCGGGAGCAGCAGCGGAAGAAAGGCCGCAUGGAAAAAGCUGUAGCGGUUUACCGUGCUGCCCUGUUGAAGGAGGGUGUGACCCAGAUCCUGACAUACAUGACUGGCAUGAAACAGUUCCGGGGGCAGCUUCAAGCCCAGCACCAGCUGAAGGCAGCCUACGGCCUUCACCAGACAGUGUAUCGUUGUGCCAUGUUGUGGAAACGAAAGGCUCUUGGCAGGAACCUAGACAAGCCUCGCUCCUCUUUGCCUUCUCUGAAGAAGAGGGUGACGUUUAAGAUGCCCAUGCCUGAUGCCAAUCCUGGGGCAGGAGGAGACGCAGCAAAAGCAGUGACUCUGUACUCUGUGCCGCAGCCCAUGAAAAGCGACAAUUUGCCAUUCCUCCUGGCUGCUGGCGAUUCAGUUCUCAGUGAGCUAAACACAGUCCGCCAGGCAAGAUUACAGCCCCGUAGACCUGACUUUCUGCUGCAGUCUCUGGAGAGAGAGGGCUUGUUGGGGAUACCUUUCAAUGAAAUGGAGGGACGAGAGGUGCCUUUGACGCAAACAUCCAUGAACAAACAUUCUGCUCGGGCUGGGGCCUUACUUGCCUCAACUCAAACAGAGCAAAGCAGCUGUAAUCAGCUGAUCCAGAUGGAUAGCGCUAGUUAUUCCUCAUGCCCCCUUACCGUGCCUACCCCUCCAGCCUGUGUACCAUCUUGGACACAUGGCACAUACUAUCCUGCUCAGACAAGUCCAAAACCAGUGCUGUUGCCUCCCUCGUCCUUCAUGUCACGUUUGAAAUGUGAAUCAGAAAAGAGUGAAGGUCAGCCCUGGAAGGGUCACCUGGAAGCUUUUCUCCAAGACCCUCAACAGGUCACUGUGGGGAAGGAGAGGAAGCAACCAAACUCGCAGGCACAUCUGCUGCUGUGCGAAGAUGUCACAGGAAAAGAGAGCAGGCCAAAAACUGCAGUUGAAGGUAAAAGCAGGCAAGGCUAUUCCACAGAGGGAACAGAGCUGCAGAAACAGCUGGAAGCAGAACUCCAACAUAUCCGACAGCGAAUGCAGCAUUAUCACGAUAGCAAGCAGGAGCUCAAGUCAUGCCAGCGGCAGGCGCGCAUUCUGAACAAGUGGCUCGAAAUGAGUACUGUGGGCACCGGGGCAGCGGAGCAAGAUGUUAUGAAGCAAGUUCAAGAAGAGCUGGAUCAGUUGGAGGUGCAGAUCAACUCUCUUACCAAAGUGCUGCUAGAAGGGAGACAUUGUCUGCUGAGCUACAUCACUCGUGUGAAGGACAUUCGCAUUGCUUUGGAUAUGUAACAAGUCUAAAGCCCCUAAACAGUUGUUCAUGUUCAGUGGUAGAAUGGGCUGGCUGCUUGUUUGAUCUUCGAUGUCAAAGGACAUAGGCCUAAGGUACAUGAUCUCUAACUUUAUGAAGGGAAGUAAGACAAACCUCGCUACCAGUUAAACGUAUAUUUCCUUUUGCUGCAUGCAUAUGGGAGACAUUGCCUCAUUUAUUUACCAUAGUUGUGAUAAGAAGCAGGAGAUGCUGCACUCAUUACAGUCCUUAGCUAAGUAUUCAUAGACACCAUCAAUUUAAACUCCCCUGCUUAUUAAGAAGCUAAACAAUGCUGAUAAGACUUUUAUUUCAAAAUGUUUGAAAUUAAGAGUUAAUGUUCAUAAGUCA